AUGUCGACUCAACCUCAACCUCCCACACCCAAAGGCCCUCGCAAUAACAACAAUCGCCGCCCAUUACCCAAGAAGAGCACUACCCCUCACACACAGAAGAUGGCUCUACUAAACACCCCUCCAUCAUCUCCACCUCGUCAUAUGAGUCCAGCUGUUGUGGCCACAGAUUCCUCCAAUCUUAAUAAUGUGCAUUCCAAGAAGAAACCUCCUCGCUCUGGGAAGAAACCCAGGGACAUGAAUCGAGGCGAGCCUACUCCCAAUGGAUCUAAUGGAAAUGGAUCUAAUGGACAUCGACACACCUCUUCUCGCUCAAAUGUUACCCCUCAUGCCAAGGAUAGCGCAUACGCUGGGCCGACCUUCCAUGCAUCACCGGCGCCGUCAGCAUUGCCAAUGCCAAGCUUCUUUUCUAAAUCCUUGCCUGAAUCGGACCUAGCUACGACCCUUGAGACUGAUAGCGACACUGGCGACACAGAAGGCGACGUGGAAACAACCCCUUCCAAGCCCCGAGCUCGUCCCCCGCAGCCUGCGGCUGAUGAGCCCAAGCCCACUCCUCUUGAUUUCCUGUUCAAGGCUGCUGUGCAGGCGCGCCAGUCCAACCCCAUGAGCAGUCCGGAGGCUAGCAGUCGCGUGCGCUCCCCGCAAACCGAACCGAAAUUGGCUCAAUCCAACCCGCCCGGAGGCAUGUUCGCAUUUGAAAUGGGCCCAGAGAAUGGCCGCGCUUCUAAGAUCGGGCCUUCCUUUGCUCCUUCUUACCAGGAUCGUAUGACCGCUUUCCGCUCCUCCAGCUCGCCGUCUAUCCAGUCGGCAGAGAGUGACGAGCAGAGACGUCUGAAGACUGCGGAGUUGAAGCAUCUUCUCCUUAAUCCGCGCCCCCAAAAAUCGUCGGGCUCUGCGGCUCCCGAAUCCCCUGCCCACUAUGGGGCCUCUCCUCACGUUAACGCCAAUAUCCCUCCCUAUGCAACCCCCACUCGAGUCAACUCUGGUCCUCCGGCUCCUGUCAACCGGGGAUACUCCCCGCAGAUGCAGAUGCCCCACCACGGGUAUCCGUAUCCCUACGCAAGUGGCCCGCCAGUUCGCAACACGGAGUCACCGCUGAGACGGGAACUCCCUCCUAAUCAGUACCAUGCCCCGUCGCCUGGUGCAUAUGGCAAUCAUCACAUGGGACAUACACCAGCGCCGGCUGCUAUGCCCCCGACCAACUACAUAUCUCCCCAGCCUGAAUACGCCACUGCUGCCUUCCAGAUGUCCACCCACUCCGGGUCACCCUCCAGGCCCGUUGAUACCAAGAAGAUGGAGGAUGAUCUCAGGCGCAUCUUGAAUCUGGAUGCUGCACCAGGAAUUCAAAGUUCUUUUGCCUAA